UGUUUAAUUGUUCAACGGGGCACUUCUAAUUUCAAAGUAUCUUCUAUUUAUCGGUUAUAUUGAAAAUACGCUAACUGUCAAUUUUCAUACAAUUUUUACAAUUGUAAGAAGUUGAGGCGUUCCGGUCGCUAAUGACCACCGUGGCGCCACAGGAAAAACCAUGGCCGGUCGUAUAUGACCAACAUGGCAGUCAAAGUGUUAAGCUAAUCGUUCGAUCGUGAAUAAUAUUUUCAAUCUGUCUUGAAACCGUCUGGUCGCGUGAGGUCAUCGGAAUCGUGUGACUACAUCGAAGUAGCUACGUUUAAUUCGUGCCAUAGUAAUAUAUUCGUGGCUACUAUAAUAGUCGCGUUGUAAAUGAAGUCAGUGCGGAAGUUGCGCAUCGAUACUGCACUUAGAUCCUGAACCGAACCGGUUGUCGCUGCAGAUAGCGAUAAAGGAACAUGGUUGCACGGUAUGGCUGACGCUCGGUUUUUUCCCCCGGACACGCUAAAAACCUCGUCGAUAAGCAUGGCGUGUAAACCUACGACCGUUACCACCGUUUCUUGCGUGAACGCUGUUCGAUACGGAAUUCGUUGAAAAAAUUCACUCGAUCGGCGAUUCUUUCUCCGCUCGAUCAUAAAAUACAAAGCUGGAAAUUAUCGGAGGAUCGAGGGCGCUUCUGACACUGCCCGCGCGAACACAAGCUUCAGCGCGUCAAACCAUGGCGGCAAUUGCUAGCCACAAUUCGUUACGCGUCACGUGUACAUUUUUAAAGGUGGCGUGCGCGAUUGCGAGACUAAUUGAGGCCUUGAUACCGCCAGGAAUUACCUGCACUUUCUGGGGGAACUCGUUUCUUUCCACGGAACGUAGUAUGGAUUUACCCUGCGGCUUCCACGCUGCUCGUGUCGCUCCUUUCAGUUCCAACUUUUGUUUUCUGCUCUUCAGCAGAAAUUCCACACUUCCGUUCGGAAAUACCGAUGGUUCGCGCGAUCUGCAUUUUCAACAGGGACUAUAAAUUCACUGAUUCACGGCGCACGUCCAAUUAGGAUCGAGGGUAACGAUGAAAGAUCGGCUUUAACAGAAGCUGCUUCGUUAUGGAUUCACGGCGGUUUCUUUGGCCGCCAAGCGACUGGUAGGCGGAGCCAAGUGAGCGGAGCACGUGGCGCGCGUGGUACGCUGCCUCGAAGAACUGGACGUGCCGCAGUUACCUUUCGACCUGUCAACAAUAGACGUAGCGCGUCGCACGCGCCACGCCACUCAUUUUCUUCCACGCUUCGACCGCGAAAACACUGCCGCCACGUUCGUGUGCAAAGAAAGUAAAACUUUCAAUCGACACAGUGCUCCGUUUUCUUUUCCCUCGUCGUUUAAACCGUGCGUUUGUUUCAUCGCCGAAAAGUGCACCGAGUUCCAUCGAGAAAGAUGGAAACUUACAUUUGCGCUGGUGGUUCCGAAAAAUACUGAGACGGUGUUCGAUUUCAUAGUGACGUGACGAAUUGUCCAGCAGCUUUAGACGAGGCGGGUAGUGGAUCCGAGUGAGGAGCGGAACGAUCGAAAGUGAGAGGUCGAGUCGAGGCGAAUCAACCGACAAUUCUUCGUGACCAUGGCUGGCCGCGUCGUUUCGAGUUAUAUCGCGGAAAGAACUUGCAUCGAACAGUGCGACUUCCGAUCGAAUAUCGUCGCGAGUUAGAAUCUACUCGCUUUCGAUUCGGUGAUCUUGAAAACAUCGAAAGCGAUAAAUAACCGCUCAACGUGUCCUACUGUUUGCCACGCAAGUGGCCGUAGAAACAGUAGAAAUAUGUUUCGUUCGGGUAUCACGUUUCCGCGACAAGUUUUCUGCGAAACGAUGAGCUGUUCGUUCGAAAUGUUAUUCGUCAGAGCCACGGCGAAAGUGUGUGCUGUAGUGUCGUACGGAGUAUCGAUUACCAUUUCUGGAGUAGCUGGAACGAUAAUAGAGGCAUAAAUAUUACUCGAACAUUGCGGUCUGCCGCUUUAGCCUCUGACGUCACGCUCUCCGGUCCAGCGAGUCGGUGUCGUCCUUACACAAAUUUUUCAAAGAUUUUCGCAUCAAUCGUCGAUCGCACGCAGUGAAAAGUGGUUGGUCGAGUGUGUUUAGUGAAUUGUAGCUUGGACGCAAUUGCAUCCGAUCUGACGUUCGAUUACUUUACUUUCUUCGCGAAAAAGGCUUUGGUUUUGAGUUGCGUUGCGUUAAUUUUUUGUAAUUAAAUAAUAAUUACAAAUUAAUUGAUAAUUAGGUUUCUAGUCGCGGUAACGAGGUGGUGUGGCGGUUCAGUGGUUUCUUUGUCGGGAAGUUGCUCCUGGCUGAUUUUUUGCCGACGAUCAGGCACGUUCGAGCUACGCCUCCAAAGGAAUAGAAUUUCCACUCUCGAGUACCUGUGUAUAAACAACGGGAUGUCGUGAUCGUUAAGAGUCGCGAGAGCAUCGCUUUGAAUGGAGUACUCGUUAAGCGUGAAAACGAGAGAAGGUCCGCCAACGACUCGAACUUUCCUAUUGCGGGAUACUCCCGUUAACCUCUUAGGUACAACGCGCCACAAUAGUGGCUUUCGCGGAUGUCAUCUUAUAUUACGACGCGCCACUAUGGUGGCUCACUCUACUAGCUCAUUCGCUCACCGUUUCAACUAAAUGAUCUUUUUCAAUUGUUUCGCUUCGCACUCUUUUGUGCUCUCGCAACGUUCUAUGACAAUGUUAACGAUAUACAGGCAGAAUAUAUAGUCUUUGUUUUUGCCAGUGUCAGAUAUCAAUUUUUUGCGUUAAAAUAAACGUACUAUUAUUAGAUGCUCUUUUUAACAUACCGAUCCGUCUCCUUCUAAUUUCGUAGAAUCUUCAAGCUGAAAAUAUCGCUUGGAAAUAGAAAACGAAGAGCAAUUUGAAAAACACUAUCGCGCUAUGAGCGUGAAAAUUGUGACGUGUAUGUGGUGCUUUAAAAUAUAUCACACUCGAUUGUAUUAUCGAUUAUUAAAGUAAAUUAUUCAAGUUCAAGUAUACGCAUCGUAUCUUUACGAAGAAGUAUAAUUUAAUUACCAAAAACUUCGUUCCAAUGUGCUCGCGUAAGCAACACCAUGAUCCGUCACACGUUGCAGUGCCGUAUCGUUUACGCGUGACGUGAUGUGAUGCUUUAAAAUAUAUUACACUCGAUUGUACUAUCAAUUAUUAAAGUAAAUUAUUCAAGUUCAAGUAUACGCAUCGUAUCUUUACGAAAAAGUAUAAUUUAAUUACCAAAAACUUCGUUCCAAUGUGCUCGCGUAGGCAACACCAUGAUCCGUCACACGUUGCAGUGCCGUAUCGUUUACGCGUGACGUGAUGUGAUGCUUUAAAAUAUAUUACACUCGAUUGUACUAUCAAUUAUUAAAGUAAAUUAUUCAAGUUCAAGUAUACGCAUCGUAUCUUUACGGAAAAUUAUAAUUUAAUUAUCAAAAACUUCGUUCCAAUGUGCUCGCGUAGGCAACACCAUGAUCCGUCACGCGUUGCAGUGCCGUAUCGUUUACGGGUGAAACUCUGCCGUACAAAGAAACGGCCCAUGCAAAAUUCAGUACCUAAGAGGUUAACGAACGUCACCUCUCGUCAUUUGUUCAAGAUCGUGACAUUUUUCGUACACCAACCUCGGCAAUAUUACUCGAACUGUACCAGUGCGGAUAGUUGCAUACGUCGUUGGAGAGAAACGAUGGUCGUUGUUCGCCGAUAUUGUAACUUCGUUUUGCAUUCGGUGGAAGGGCAGAAAAAUAUGGUAACGGAAAUGAAGUAAAGAAAAGUUUUCGCCAGAUACACAGAGAAUGCGAGACUAGCGGAUCUCGGACACGCGGUGCUGCUUCUUCCUUAACGGAGAACUCAAUCCCCUUAAGUAACUUCCUUUCAACUCGACUACUACGCUUAGUUCGCAAAAAAAAAAAAAAAGAAAAAAAAGAAAUCCUUCUUGCAGAAAGCUUGCAACGAAAGUUUCUUUGUAACUCACCGGCGUUAAGAGAUACCAUUACUUUUUAUUCGACGAAACGAAUCGACGAUAGAUGUUGCACGUUCGUCUGCCUUACGACCAUCUGCGAUUCGCCAACCUAAGGUGACGUUCGUGCUGUCGAGCAGUUGGCGGUUUCUCGUGUACGAACCAAUUCCUAUUCAGUGUAAUCGUAACGAAGAAUGUGUGAAAGAAAAGACGAAACGGUAAAGUGAUAGAAGAUUAAAAAAAAAAAAAUAAAUAAGUUGAGUCGAGGAAGGUGUGAAAGUACAGGCGAUCGGCGAUAAGCGAAGGGGAUGCGCGACCUUGGUCGAUGCUGGUCUCGAGGAUUAUUUUAAAAGAGGGACAAGGCCACUUAUGGAGCGGCACGACGAGCGGUUCCUACGGCUGAGAACGAAACGGGCAGACGGUCGAUCGGGAAGCGGGGCUGAAAAUAGAGAGCGCCAGGCUUCACGGAGAUACGACAUGACACCGGACACGGAUCAUCCACGCUCGUAGCUUCGGCGAGGUAUUAUGAAACUGGAAUGGCCAUCGAGUUCUCUGUUGCCCGUGGAGAUUGAGGUAUGGCCGCGGUAGCCGGCAUCUAUGGCUUCUCAGAGGACCGACACGUCAGAUAUUCCGAGCAUCGGCAGCAUCCAUCGCUGCCGAAACUCAGCAGCCAGGACGAGGAUGGGCCGAACCCACACACCCAAUACACAGGCGUCACGCAGUUCGAGCCCAUACCGCACGAUCAUGACUUUUGCGAGAGGGUCGUCAUUAACGUGAGCGGGCUACGGUUUGAGACGCAGCUGCGUACGCUGAACCAAUUUCCGGACACGCUGCUUGGCGAUCCGCAUCGGCGGAUCCGAUACUUCGAUCCGCUUCGCAACGAGUACUUCUUCGACCGGAAUCGGCCCUCCUUUGACGCGAUACUUUACUACUACCAGAGCGGUGGCAGGCUGCGUCGCCCGGUCAACGUUCCUCUCGAUGUCUUCUCCGAGGAAAUCAAGUUCUACGAACUGGGCGAGCUGGCCACCAACAAGUUCAGGGAGGACGAGGGCUUCAUCAAGGAAGAGGAGAAGCCGCUGCCAUCGCAUGAGUUGCAGAGGAAGGUUUGGCUGUUGUUCGAGUACCCGGAAAGCUCGCAAGGCGCCCGGGUAGUCGCCAUAAUAUCCGUGAUCGUGAUCCUCCUGUCGAUCGUGAUAUUCUGCCUGGAGACCCUGCCGGAAUUCAAACACUACAAGGUCUUCAACACGACAACGAACGGCACGAAGAUCGAGGAGGACGAAGUGCCGGACAUUACCGACCCGUUCUUCCUAAUAGAGACUAUUUGUAUCAUCUGGUUCACGUUCGAGUUAUCGGUGCGCUUCCUCGCCUGUCCAAAUAAACUGAACUUCUUCCGUGACGUAAUGAAUUUCAUCGAUAUCAUCGCCAUCAUUCCGUAUUUUAUCACGCUCGGUACCGUGAUGGCCGAGGAGGAGGAGGCGCCUGAUGAACCAAAGGCGCCGGUAAGCCCGCAGGACAAGAGUACGAACCAGGCGAUGUCCCUGGCGAUACUCAGGGUGAUCAGGCUCGUCAGGGUGUUCCGGAUAUUCAAGCUGUCCAGGCACAGUAAAGGCCUUCAGAUCCUCGGUCGUACGCUCAAGGCCUCCAUGAGGGAGCUCGGCUUGCUCAUCUUUUUCCUCUUCAUCGGUGUGGUGCUAUUCUCAUCGGCGGUAUACUUCGCGGAGGCCGGCUCCGAGAAUUCGUUCUUCAAGUCCAUUCCGGACGCGUUCUGGUGGGCCGUUGUCACGAUGACGACCGUGGGCUAUGGUGACAUGACGCCCGUCGGAGUUUGGGGAAAAAUUGUGGGCUCUCUGUGCGCGAUCGCUGGUGUGUUGACAAUCGCCCUGCCUGUUCCCGUCAUCGUCUCCAACUUCAACUACUUCUACCAUCGUGAGACUGACCAGGAAGAGAUGCAGUCGCAGAACUUCAAUCACGUGACCAGCUGCCCGUAUCUCCCUGGUCAACACUUGAAGAAGAGCUCGAUGUCGGAAUCGUCGUCGGAGAUAAUGGAGCUGGAAGAGGGCAUACUGCUCACUCAUCCUGAGAUUACGAAGAAGCCCAAUUGCAACCCUCGCCAUAAUAACAAUAUUAAUCCAGCCUGUAUGAGCAUCGAGACUGACGUCUGACUACUAGUGAAGGAGACGGUGGCAACGUGGUGGCCAAUGCUGGAACGGUUAUCGAGAAACAGCUGCAGCUUGCUACGGUGCCUGACGUAGGCCUCCUUCACACGUCGUCGUAGUCGCGCUAGCUGCGAGCGCUAGCGAUAGCGCGUGUACGCGUGCGCGCUGGCUGUUGGAUUGCACGCGGCUGCGCAUGCGCGCACGUGCGCGCCAACCCGCCGUCUGUCCAUAGUCUGUCAAUACGAGGGGUGCUUCCAAUCCAUUACCACGUGUCAACGAGAGAUAAGAAAGGACGAGAAAUAACGGAGAAAUUUAACGACCAAGAAUCGGCUGACUAAUACGGCUGCCACGUAAUUUCUUCCAUCGGCGUAGCGCGAAAAUCGAAGAUACCCGUCGGCGGAACAAGAGAAAGAUAAGAGAGAAACGUGACAAGGCAAGGAGGGAAGAGAAAGGGAAAAUGUGGAGGAGCGAGUUUAAACGAGUAUCUGUAGGCGUAACGAUGAAAGGCCGUGACAAGGGUGGAAAAGCGGUGAACGAGGAAACUGAUGGCGAUAGUUUUGAGGAGGAACCGUGCGUGGAGAACGAGAGGACAGCCGUUUCGGAGGUGUUCACGAUACACACGCACCCCGCGUAGGGACCUACGUGCUAAUAAGGGGAUGGAGCAGGAUAUUUCAGUCGCGCGUCCACUCCCCACACCACCGACUCCAGUGUUCAAUACAAAUGGUAACAAAUAAAUAAAAAGUAACAAAUAAACGGUAUAAAUGAAACGAAGGGAAGAGAAUUAAGUCGCGGCGGCUUCGCGAAUUAAGAAAGAAAAAAGAAAAAAAAAGGAAAAAAAAGAAAAAAAAUACAUAAGAGAACGUGGUCGAGCCCUUGCCUCCUGCGAUGUUCGCGUACGCGCCAUGCCAGCAUGGCGGAUCGAAGGGGGAUCGGCCGGCAACGAAACCAGGGGAAUCGUACCAGAUAAUACUAAUUAAUUAUAUUAUCGAUGUAAUUAUAUCGAGUACACGUAGGCGAAGGUACGCUAAACAAGCAGAACAAGUAAAUAAAUAAAA